AACAGAGCGUUCUCCCUUUGGAUUUUGGUCUGUGUGUGAAACGAAGUUAAGAUUAAUAACUUUGGGGGUUAAAUUUAAAACCCUCCCCCGCUCUGCCAGGUUUGGUUGAGUCCAGGGUUCCGGCAGAUCCAAGAUGGCUGACUGAGGAGAGAUAUGCUAAAGUUCACUUUUAACUCUAAACGCCAAAGCUUUUUAUCCUUCGUUUCUCUUGUCGGAUUGGUGUUUGUUGAGAACGAGUACUGGUGUCUUCCAUAUUGGGAUUAGAAGGUUUUCACAUCUGCAGAAUUCCAGGUGUCUUCUUUUGGGAUGUCCAGGCUAGGUGGCCUCAGGGGGCUCGGCCCUGAAACACAGACCUCCAGCGGAGACAAUUCCACUGCUGAGAGUCAACACGAGCCUCUACAGAUGGAGACAUCCAUGUGUAGAGACACCUGCACAGCUGCUUGAAGGAGAGAACUGACCAGGCAGCACCUUUUUGAACCGGAUAUUCAGGACCCAACUGGUCCCCGGACAGGGAUCAUCUGUGCAGCUUUUUAUUCAGACAACUUCCAUGUACCCCUUUUAAGUCCCCUAAUAUUUCACAUUUCCUCCAUCCAGUAAUCAUCGAUCCUUCCCUCUCUCCCACUUGUCAUUCAGUCAUCUUGAAAGUGGUGAGAUUUUGCGCUGCGGAGCUAGAAGUGGUGAGCGGGUAAUGGAUGAUGCUGGCCAUGGUGACCUAGUGUAAAUGGCUAUUCCUUCGCACAGCUCAGUGCCUGUAUCUACUGCUCAACCUUCCUCCUCCACUCCCCCUUCCUCUCACCCCUACUCCACCUCUCUGCAAUCCUUCCCUAUUCACCGCUGCUGCUUGCUGCCCAGUCCAGCCUCCCCCCUCCAACAACAUGGUAGGUGCAGGCUUGGGUGUGUGGAAGCUAAUGCGAGGUGUCCGCCAGCUGGAGCUUCAUCGCCUCAUCCUGGCACUUAUCAUCUUCUGCUUACUGUCCAUGGCCUUCCUAGCUUACUAUGUGUCCAACAGCCCCAAAAUAAAGGAGGCCCCCCCUUUACCCUUCAGUGACUGUGGCGGGAUGUCACUGGGAGCGAGUACUGGGGCCGCUGGAGGAGGGCCAGGUGUCCAGAGGGCACCCCUUUUCAUUCCCCAGCGUGAGGGCCGUUUACGACAGGUUAAGGCGGUAGACAAUUCCAGGACAGAGCCCGUGGUUCUGGUGUUUGUAGAGAGCAUCUACUCCCAGCUGGGCCAGGAGAUUGUAGCCAUAUUGGAGUCUAGCCGCUUCCACUACCGGACAGAGAUUGCUCCUGGUAAAGGAGACAUGCCCACAUUGACAGAGCAUAACCAUGGUCGCUACACACUGAUCAUCUAUGAAAAUGUAUUGAAAUAUGUCAAUCUGGAUGCGUGGAACCGUGCCUUGCUGGACAAGUACUGUGCUGAGUAUGGAGUGGGUGUCAUUGGCUUUUUCAAAGCUAAUGAAAACUCUCUUCUCAGUGCACAGCUCAAAGGUUUUCCUCUCUUUCUACACUCGCACCUGGGACUCAGGGACUAUCGCAUCAACCCCAAUGCUCCGCUUCUCUACAUCACCAAGCCCAACCAGGUGGAGCAGGGCUCUUUACCAGGGGAUGACUGGACCGUUUUCCAGUCCAACCACUCUACCUAUGAACCAGUGCUUCUGGCCAGCACCAAGUCCUCUGAGGCGUUGGCACAUUUUGGACCCAGCCCCUUGCGGGCUCUCCAUGCCACAGUGGUCCAGGACUUGGGGCUCCACGACGGCAUUCAGAGAGUUCUCUUUGGAAACAAUCUCAACUAUUGGCUUCACAAGCUGGUGUUUGUAGACUCCAUUGCCUACCUGACAGGGAGGAGACUGUGCUUGUCUUUGGACCGCCACAUCCUGGUGGACGUGGAUGAUAUAUUCGUUGGCAAGGAGGGAACCAGGAUGAAGGUGUCAGAUGUGGAGGCGUUGCUCAACACUCAAAAUAAGCUGAGAGCACUGGUCCCUGAUUUCACCUUCAAUUUGGGAUUUUCUGGAAAGUUCUAUCACACAGGCACUGAUGAAGAGGAUCGGGGAGAUGACAUGCUACUGCAACAUAGGAUGGACUUCUGGUGGUUUCCUCACAUGUGGAGCCACAUGCAGCCACACCUCUUUCACAACGUCAGCGUCUUGGCUGAGCAGAUGAGGCUCAACAAGAUCUUUGCUCAGGAGCAUGGCAUCCCAACAGAUAUGGGCUACGCAGUGGCUCCGCACCACUCUGGGGUGUACCCAGUUCACAGCCAGCUCUAUGAGGCCUGGAAGUCUGUGUGGGACAUCAAGGUGACCAGCACUGAGGAGUACCCUCAUCUGAGGCCGGCUCGAUACCGACGUGGCUUCAUCCAUAAUGGCAUCCAGGUGUUGCCCAGGCAGACCUGUGGUCUGUUCACCCAUACCAUCUUCUAUAAUGAAUACCCAGGAGGCUCAAAGGAGCUGGACAAGAGCAUCAGAGGAGGAGAACUCUUCCUCACUGUCCUCCUAAACCCUAUCAGUAUCUUUAUGACACACCUGUCUAACUAUGGCAACGACCGGCUGGGUCUGUACACCUUUGAGUCUUUGGUGAAGUUUGUCCAGUGUUGGACCAACCUCAGGCUGCAGACGUUGCCCCCCGUCCAGCUCGCUGAGAAAUACUUCCAGAUCUUCCCUGAGGAGAGAGACCCACUCUGGCAGAACCCUUGUCAUGACAAGCGACACAAAGAUAUCUGGUCUAAAGAAAAAACCUGUGACCGACUCCCCAAGUUCCUUGUCAUUGGACCACAGAAAACAGGCACUACAGCGCUUCAUUCCUUCCUGAGCCUCCACCCAGCAGUCACCAGCUCAUUCCCCAGCCCCACCACCUUCGAGGAGAUCCAGUUCUUCAGUGCAGCAUACUAUGACAAUGGGAUUGACUGGUAUAUGGACUUCUUCCCAUUCCCUUCCAACGUCAGCACAGAUUUUACGUUUGAAAAGAGCGCCAACUACUUUGACACGGAGGUGGCGCCUAAGAGAGCUGCUGCCCUGCUUCCCAGAGCCAAAAUCUUGGCAGUGCUCAUCAACCCAUCUGACAGGGCGUACUCCUGGUACCAGCACCAGAGGGCCCACCAGGACCCUGCAGCCCUCAACAACUCUUUCCAUACAGUGGUGACGGCAGGCCCCUCGGCCCCCAGGGACCUGCUGGCCCUUCAGAGACGCUGCCUUAAUCCGGGUCUCUAUGCUACUCACCUGGAGCGCUGGCUGCAACACUACCAGCCCAGCCAGUUGCACAUCGUGGACGGGGCCAUGCUGCGCUCCAACCCAGCACUGGCAAUGGAAGGAAUCCAGAGAUUCCUCAGUGUCACUCCUAUCUUCAACUACACCCAGGCUCUAAUGUAUGAUGACGGCAAAGGUUUCUGGUGUCAGCGGGUGGAGGGAAGUCGAGCCAAAUGUCUGGGGAAGAGUAAAGGCAGAAAGUACCCAGAGAUGAGCCCUGAGCCACGUGCCUUUCUGGCCGAGUACUACCGGGAGCACAACAUGGAGCUGCUGCGCCUGCUGAACCGGUUGGGCCAACCACUGCCGUCCUGGCUCCGCCAAGAACUCCAGAGCACGAGCUGGAGCUGAGGCCACAAAGCUUCCACACAGACAGACAAACGCACCACAGAGUACCCGGGACUGGAUUCUCUGGAUGAGCCAACACUUGGAUGUGGAUUAAACUGGACUACCUGAUCUGGAAUCAACAGCAGCACACACUAAAAGGUUUUAGCUGAUGUUACUGGUGCUCCUGUUCCACAGAAAAAGAAGACUGUACAACCAGAGCUCUUUUUUAAAGUGUUGGUCACUGUUGGAGACUCCAACGGGGGGGCGGGACAGUUUGCUGUGGAUCCAGAGGACUGGGUGACCAGCAGGUUUGGGGCACAAAGAAAAGGUCAGCCCGCCUUAAUGAGAGGCGGGAAACCGUGCGGAUGUGGAGUGUAUGACUGGACAGAGGGCAGCGUUCACAGACUCUCUCACACACACACACACACACACACACACACACACACACCUCCUCUCGCCACAAGAAAGAUUGUCAAGCAUUUUCAAAAGCGGUUGUAUACGGUUUUAGGGCCGGGUGGGGGGGAACAAAAGGGCCAUCAGCCUGAAGCAGACAGUAUAGACAGACAGUCCAUACCAAGGCCCAGAUUUCUCUGUUACACACACACACACACACACACACACACAUCUACCUGCAGGUCCAGCCAACCGGCGGUGCUGCAUUCCCUCCGAUUCGGCUGUUUACUGUACCGAUGAACAUUUUUAAAAACUGAUUAAAGUAAUACGAUGCCAGGUCAAUGUAAAUAUCAUGUGUUCAGAUUUGGUGGCCCCGGUGUGGUCUAGGCAGGGUUCAGAAUUAACUUUUGGUCCACCAGCCAAAUGGCUAGUGAAUGUUAGACUUUUACCAGCCACUCAAUAGAUUAACAUAGUUGUUUGGUGAGUUAAGCAAAUCUACCAACCCCUUGCAUAUUUUACCAGCAUUUGGCUGGCAGGUGGUACUCAUUUUGAACCCCGGGUCCAGGCUCUGGCCCACACUGACAUCCUGUCAGGGAGCAGCUUUUUUAUGCUUUUAUUCACCGAGGUCAAGAUGCUUUUUGAAUGAUGAUCCACGUUGGCUCCCUGGACUCUCUGAUUUUUAUUUAAGACGACUUCUAUACUAGCUUUUAACCCACCGAGCAUAGUUUAUU